AUGAUAUUAGCAGCAGCUCUCAUUACCAGCAAAGCAAAGAAGUCUAGAAUGGUCCUCAUGUAUUUCAUUACUGAGGUGAUGGCUGGUACCAGCAGUGCAGAAGUGAAGGAAAAUCGCAACGUGGGCAACUUGGAGGCGAAGCCGCUGCCAUCCAGUGACCACUCAAGAGGAGGUGCAUCCAGCAUCAAGAGGAAAAGACCCUUAGAGGAAGGGAACAGUGGCCAUUUCUGCAAACUCCAACUGAUCUGGAAGAAACUCUCAUGGUCGGUGACACCAAAGAAUGCCCUAGUCCAACUCCAUGAACUGAAGCCAGGUUUACAGUACAAAAUGGUUUCUCAGACAGGACCAGUCCAUGCGCCUGUCUUUGCAGUAGCCGUAGAAGUUAAUGGAUUUACUUUUGAAGGCACAGGACCCACAAAAAAGAAGGCCAAGAUGAGAGCAGCAGAGUUAGCCCUGAAGUCUUUUGUCCAGUUCCCCAAUGCAUGCCAAGCACACUUUGCCAUGGGGAAUGGCAUCAGCCCAUCUACAGACUUUACCUCUGACCAAGCCGACUUCCCGGAUACUCUAUUCAAAGAGUUUGAACCAUCACCUCCAAGCGAUAACUUUUCCAGCUGCCAUCCAGUUAACACUGAAUUGCUCUCGACAGCUUAUCGACAGGGGAGGUUACUCUACCACAGGUUGGACUUGAUGGGCCAUGCGAACCCAAACAAGUCCAAGACAGCCUUCCAGGGAGAGAGAGAAAAGAACCCCGUGGUGGUGCUGAAUGAACUGCGCUCAGGACUGAGGUACAUCUGCCUUUCCGAGACAGUGGAGAAGCAGCAUGCCAAGAGCUUUGUGAUGGCAGUAAGAGUGGAUGGGAGGACAUUUGAAGGCUCAGGACGUAGUAAGAAGCUGGCCAAGGGCCAAGCAGCCCAGGCUGCUCUGCAGGCCCUCUUUAACAUUCGGCUGCCCAGCCACAUUCCCAGCAGGAGUAAAUGUAACCCUUUGCCACAGGAGUUUGCCGAUUCAGUGUACCAGCUGGUCACCCAGAAGUUUCAAGAGUUAACUGACAACCUGACUUCCAUGCAUGCCCGCCACAAAUCUCUGGCAGGAAUUGUCAUGACCAAAGGUUUGGAUGUUAGGCAUGCUCAGGUAAUUGCACUGUCAUCCGGCACCAAGUGCAUAAAUGGAGAAUACAUCAAUGACCAGGGACUCGUGGUCAAUGACUGCCAUGCUGAGAUUGUGGCAAGGAGAGCAUUUCUUUACUUCCUCUACUCACAGCUGGAGCUGCACCUCAGCAAACAGCGAGAGGACUCCGAGCGAUCCAUCUUCAUGCAGUUGAAAGAGGGAGGCUACAGGCUGAAAGAGAACAUCCUAUUUCAUCUAUAUGUGAGCACCUCUCCCUGCGGAGACGCACGCCUCAACUCUCCCUAUGAAAUCACAACCGACUUGAACAGCAGCAGGCCCAUCGUCAGAAAGUUCCGAGGACACCUACGAACGAAGAUAGAAUCAGGAGAAGGGACCAUCCCCGUCCGGUGUCACAAUGCUGUCCAAACAUGGGAUGGUGUGUUACUAGGCGAACAGCUUGUCACGAUGUCAUGCACAGACAAGAUUGCCAGAUGGAACAUUCUUGGGUUGCAAGGAGCUCUCCUCAGUCACUUCAUCGAGCCCAUCUACUUGCACAGCAUUGUGGUGGGAAGUCUACAUCACACUGGUCACCUUUCCAGGGUAAUGAGUCACAGAAUAGAAGAAAUCGGUCAGCUGCCAACUUCAUACCGGCAUAAUCGGCCACUCCUCAGUGGAGUGAGUCAUGCCGAGCUGCGCCAGCCAGGAAAAUCUCCUCAAUUCAGUGUGAACUGGAUUGUGGGCAAUACAGACCUCGAGGUUAUUAAUGCCACCACGGGGAAGAGAAAUUGUGGGAGCUCCUCCAGGCUCUGCAAACAUGUGCUCUCCGCCCGGUGGGCGAAACUUUAUGGAAAGCUGAGCACACGGAUACCAAGCCAUGGAGAUGCGCCAUCAGUGUACUGUGAGGCCAAGCUGGUGGCCCAGACUUACCAGUCUGUUAAACAGCAGCUGUUUAAAGCAUUUCAGAAAGCAGGUCUGGGCACCUGGGUGAGGAAACCCCCAGAGCAAGACCAAUUUCUACUAACUGUAUAA